CUGCUGUCAGUUGUUUCGCUAGCGAGAACGUUAGCUCGGUUGGCUUAUUGUACCAACCUGUCCUCCGGACUUUUACUCUCUUUUUUUUUUUGCUGCAAAGACUGAACCGAUUUUAUUUUUUAAAACGUGCGUUUAAAGGCGACAGAAGACACAACGAUGUAGUCGUCCGAAGGUCGUUUCCAUUUCUCUCUUUGUGUUCAUUUAGUGCGUGUGUGUUCUGUUAUGUUUACGGUUAAUUUCUUUAUUCAUCGCCGCACCCACCGUAUUCAUUUUUUAUUUAGGGCUAGCAAGCUAACGUCUGAUGGAAGCUAAUGCUGGCUUCCAGUCUGUCAGCAGGUGUAACGAUAUUUGAAUUAUAUAUACAUAUAUAUAUAUAUUUUAAAAAACACUUAAACAAUAAGCGAUUGUUUUAUUUUACUGUGCGUCAGUCGGGAGGGGGGUUUGUUAUGUUCGCUUUCAUCUUCACCAUUUUGUAGUAGCUAAAGUCACCCAACGCGGACGGUAGUCAUCAUGACAGGUGAAAAGAUACGCACCAUGCGGAAGGAUCACAACAACAAAGCGAAUAAAAAUGAAGCCAUCAUGGACUCAUACGACGAGACGUCCAACGGGACGGUGCCCAACGGCAACUGUAACCGCUUCAGGUCCAACAAGGCUUUCCAGAAACCCGUCAAGUCGUCGGCGCUGCAGCAGCAGCAGCAGCAGCUCAACGCCAACAACGUGAACGGCAACGCGCCCGUGGUCAGCGACGACAACAAGAACCCCAUCAUCCUCCUGACCAGCGAGGAGCCCGAGUUCCCCGUACACGAGUGCGUGUUCAAAGGGGACGUCCGCCGGCUGUCGUCUCUCAUCAGGACCAACAGCAUCGCUCAAAAAGACGUGCACGGGAACACCCCUCUUCACCUUGCCAUAAUGUUGGGCCACAGAGAGUGUGCUCUUCUCCUCCUGGCUCACAACGCCCCUGUAAAGAUAAAGAAUGCGCAGGGAUGGAGUCCCCUCGCAGAAGCUAUCAGCUACGGUGACAGACAGAUGAUCACGGCGAUAUUAAGGAAGUUAAAGCAGCAGUCAAGAGAGAACGUGGAGGAAAAGAGGCCGAAAUUACUGAAGGCUCUCAGGGAGCUUGGUGACUUUUACCUCGAGGUUCAUUGGGACUUUCAAAGCUGGGUGCCUUUGCUGUCCAGGAUCCUGCCAUCCGACGCUUGUAAAAUCUACAAGCAGGGCAUUAAUAUCAGACUUGACACGACACUCAUCGACUUCAACGACAUGAAGUGUCAGCGCGGAGAUCUGAGCUUCAUUUUCAACGGCGACGCCCCGCCCGCCCAGUCCUUCGUGGUUCUGGACAACGAAGCAAAAGUGUACCAAAGAAUACACCAUGAGGAGUCAGAGAUGGAGACUGAGGAGGAGGUGGACAUCCUGAUGAGCAGCGACGUCUACUCUGCAACCCUGUCAACGAAGUCGAUAACUUUCUCUCGGAGUCAGAUCGGCUGGCUCUUCAGAGAGGACAAAACGGAGAGGGUGGGAAACUUCAUGGCUGACUUCUACGCCGUCAACGGUCUGGUGCUGGAGUCGAGGAAACGGCGGGAACAUUUGAGCGAGGAAGACAUCCUGAGGAACAAAGCCAUCAUGGAGAGCCUGAGUAAAGGAGGAAGCAUCAGCGAACAGAAUUUUGAGCCUGCGAGGAGGCAGUCUCUCACAGCUCCAGCCCCCAACACCAUUUCUUGGGAAGAGUACAUAACGGCGGAGCACGGAAAGCCGCCUCACCUCGGCCGGGAGCUCAUGUGCAAGGAAAGCAAGAAGAACUUCAAAGCCACUGUAGCCAUGAGCCAGGAUUUUCCUCUAGGCAUCGAGUCGUUACUAAACGUGUUGGAAGUCAUCGCCCCGUUCAAGCACUUCAACAAACUCCGAGAGUUCGUUCAAAUGAAGCUUCCACCGGGGUUUCCCGUCAAACUCGACAUCCCCGUCUUCCCCACGAUCACAGCUACUGUCACCUUUCAGGAGUUCCGCUACGACGAGUUUGACGAGUCUAUUUUCUCCAUCCCUGCCGAAUACAAGGAAGAUCCGAGCCGCUUUCCUGACCUCUGACCUGUCGACGCGUCCGGUUUGGGAGAGCGAGGGCAGAACCGAUUCUGAAUACGUAUUAACCGUUUAAGAAAGAAAAAGAAACAACAAAAAAAAGGGGGGGGGGAGAUUUGGUCAGUUUUCAUUCAUUUCGCUGAUGCAUCCGAUGCAAAUCAAUCCAAGACGAUAUGACAGAGCGCCUUGUGACCUAUAGAUGAAUAUCUGCACAUUGUUAUUUUGUGAAAUGAUUGAUGGCUUUCAUUGUACUUGCUAUUUAUAAACGGAGCAGGUGAAGCUGCCGCUCUGUGCUGCUGUGCAACAUUUUAAAAGCUGUCAGAUCGUCAAUAUUUCAGUAUACUCGACUGAUUUAAGAAUCCCUGAAGCUGGAUUCACACCUUCAGAAAUGUCUAUUCUCUCGUCUUCAGUUCACAAGAUUAAACAAACAUAUAUAGAUAUAUCCUUAAA